AUGACAAGCAAAUUAAGUGCCAAGUUUAUGGAAAUAUUCCGAAAUUUAAAAUCGGACGCCGUACCUCGUCCGCCUCGUAAAAAUACGAACCUCAAUGAAAAUGAAUGCAGUGAACCACAAACUGAAAACAUAGAUGGCAACUACGAAGAAAUCUUUGUUAAUCAUGACGAAAAGAAAAACAAAAAGAAACCAAAAUUUAAAAAGUCAUUCUCAGUUCCUCAAAAUGAAAGUGAAGAUGUGAAAAGUGAUGAGGAAGAUCGUCGCAGUAGUACCGCUAGCAGCAACGUCAACACUCAAGCUGGGGGUAAUGUAAUUAAUAUCGUGAACUCAAGCAAAGUAAGGUGGGGAAAUGAGUUUGUGUAUUACAUGGGAAAUGCGUACGGCCAGCCAGGGAAAUCCCAUACACCCUCAAGUGAUGACGAAGAACCUAUAGAAAAAACAGAGUUGAUUGCAAUGCUGUUGGAAGCCAGUAUUGAGCCAGAACAUGAAUACAUUGAUUAUAUAUCCAAAAAUCUGGGCAAAAACUGGUACAGUCUCUUUAGAAGGCUGGGAUACACUCAAGGACAAAUAGAAACUGCUGAAAUUGAUAACGCAAAGCAAGGUGUUGCAGAGGCUCGUUACAAACUAUUAUUGGACUGGAAGAGGAAUGAUGAUAUCGGUACAUUGGGGAAGUUAUCAAAUGUGCUGUGGGAGAACGGAGACAGACAGAUUGUUAAAGGAAUGGCCGAUAUAUAUGACAGAUCCAAACAAUAA